AAGUUUUUAUUGACAAGCUUAUUACAUUAAAGCGUAAAAAUAUAUCGAUACAAUUUAUUACGUAAUUCUUGAAUAAUUAUCAAAAGACUUUUGACGUCAAACGUCCGAGUGAAUGAACGAAAAUUGAAUCAUCGAGAGUCGAGCGUAGACGCAGUUUACAACGGAAUAAAAUGACAGUUACAGCGAUGCCGGUUAGCACGUCGCACAGUCUGUUAUCGUAUGGCACACCGGGAACAGCAGCACAUUAAAAAAUCAAUAAUCUCACGAGUAAAUUGUGAAGAACGCAUGUCAAUUCAAUACAGAAGAGUGGAUUGGCGUGAUGAAGUUCAGUAAAACCGUGUAAGAAGACGUGUCCCUCUGUGUAUCGUUCAGAAAGUAAAGGGACAAACAGAGAAAAAAAGAGAAAAGACCAGAGCGUGGACAACGAAGGGGAAGUGUAUAUGUUGAGAGAUAUAAGCGGAGCGAAAUGGGGGUAAAAGAAGCCAAGAGAGAGAGAGAGUGAGAGAGAGACAGAGAGAGAGCAAUAACGUAAUGUGGCAGGCAGUGCAGCGUGGUGUCUAGUAGAGAGAGGAGGUUGAUGGCGGAUAGCCGUUUGGUCUGACUGUAUUAAAAAAAAUCAAUAAUCUCAUUAAGAAAUCCUUAGACAACGCGUGUCAAUUCAUAGACAAGAUAACAGUUUGAAAAUGAUUUAUUGAAUGUUAGUCGUGUGGAGGAAGGUUCGUUUACGAGAUUGCAACACAAAAUAAACCGAGGGCGUGCAUCGUUUGUCUGCCCCGGUUUCUUCUCGAUCGAGUCCGUCCGGCCGGUUCAUUGCGCGGCACAUAGUAAUCGACAACAGCGACGACGACGUAGUGCGACGUAUUGUGCGUGCGAGGCAUUUGGUUGGCCAGCAACAGUGUGUGCUAGUGUGUGACAGUGCCGAGGAGACUCACGGACAAGCAGAGGGCUAGACAGACAGACAGGCAGCCAAGGAAGCAAGUAAGCAAGCAGGCGAACAGGCAAGCGAGCAAGCAGGCAUGGGUUUCGAGAAUCCGCCGAGUGACGCGCAGCGCCCCCACCGCGUGCGCAGUAGCCUUACGGCCAUCUUUGUCAAGUGGUAACCUUUGUUGAUUUGUGAAAUGUGACGCCGUUUUAACGAAAUAAUUAGUGAUCGCGACAUAGUGACCGCGACGCUUUCUUCGACUACGACCUCGAGGAUUAUACAUGGAACUCACCUAAAAGAGUCAGGCUGGAAAAAGUGGAGGUUGGAGAGGAGCGGGCGUCUUGGAGGUUGCGACAUAAUGUGAAUGCGAGGAGUUCACGGAUAAAAGCGGGUAAAAGAUGGGGGACCACGAGUCCGCUGACACGUGGUCGGCCUGGUUUCUGGACGCGAUCCGUAAGAUCCGCAGCCAGAAACAGCGACCGAGUGUCGAGCGGAUAUGCCACGCGAUCCGUCAGCACCACAAUUACCACGAGGAGGAGAUCGCGGAGCACCUGGAGAUCGCCGUCAAGCGCGGUGACGUUCUCAAGAUCUUCAACAAGGGCCAGUCGUCCUACAAGGAUCCGGGUGGGCUGCAGUCGAGGCCUUUGAAGGUUGGCAAGGCCACAGACCUGAGCAAGGUCGUCGGCAAGGCCGUUCGAGAACUCGGCGAACGCGAUGGCUCAAAUCUUAAGAACAUCGAGAAGUACGUGAGGCAGAGUCACACCGUGGAGGAAGAAGCCGACGGCGACCUCAGGACUGCCCUGAGGCUCUCGGCCAAGAGGGCCGUUGAUAGAGGAUUCGUUAUACAGGAUGGGCGGCUCUUCAGGCAACCUGACAGACCACCCAAUUCUGCCAAGAAGGUACCGGAGACCUCCCAUAACCUUUCGUCCGAUUCGUUGCCGAAUAAGCUGCCGGCCCCUCUGCCAAUAUGCAAGGAAUGCUUGGGAGCUACGACAGCGAGCAACAACAACAAUACGAAGCGAAACGUAGCAGAAAAGUUGAGCCGAUGCAGCGUCUGUGGUGCAGCGUUGCACAACUCUUGUGCACCCGCGGAACUCUCGAUUCUCGUCGACAGGGGCGCAACGUGGUCCUGCGACGAUUGCUCUCCUACGUGCGCUGGUUGCAAACUGGAGCGAGAGUCUCAGAACUAUUUGGUGAAGUGUGCGGGUUGCGUUAAGUGUUAUCAUCCGAGUUGUUUGGAUCCCGCGCUCGAUAAGAAGAAUAAGGCGCCGUGGAGUUGUAGACAUUGUCAGACGGCUCAUACGCCGAACACCCCGAAGGACGAUGCCAAGAAGCAGAAGAAUCAAGACACAGCUUCGUCGGCCGACGGCAAUACUCCUACCAGUACGCGAAAAAGGCUCAGUAAAAUGCGGGAAAAUAGAAAGUCGGGAGUUUCAAGAAAGAGCCUGACGGUGUCGACCCCUGGCAAGAAAAGCAGCGUUGCGGUGGCACAGGUGGACAGCAGCUCGGACGGUAAUGCGGGUGUUGUCUCCCCUCGUCAACCAGCCCUUAUGUCCUCUCCCGUAUCACAAGCCCCCACCCAACUCGCAGGCCAGGGUAGGCUCCUCGAGGAAAAGAACGAUCGGAUCUCCAAGGAGAAGCAAAAGUUCUUUAGGUUGAGCGCGUUCAAUGCGGACCAUAAUAAAUUGAAAAGGGUGGGGGGCGGUAAUAAAUCUAGAUCCUCGCAGAGCAUUAGUCCUAGGUCUUCUAGGGGGAGUACCACCCCUAAGAAAGCUCUAGCCGGUAGAAGGGUACCGACUCUGUCCAGCAGCAGCAGUAGCGAGGCCAGUGACAGUGAUACUUCGGCUAGCGAGAGUUCGGAUGACGAUGACGAAAACGAUGAAAAUGAUGAGGAGGAAGGGAGUUCGAGCGAGUCGAGCGAUUCCAGUUCGUCGGAGGAAUGCGAAGAGGGACGUUCGGAACCUCAAAAGCCUGGUGGUCCGUUCUCUUGCGAUUUGAACGAGGACAAGCCGUGGGGUUUCGCUGCAGCUGCUGCUAAGCUUAACGUCGAGUCUCCGUUCUUCAGCAACAUUACCAACACUUUUGGUGCCCCUCUACCCAAGCUAGAUCUCAGCAAUAAACCAACAUUCGGGCUUCACAUUCAGCCCGCAGCAAGUCCAGCCGAUUCGAAAAAGAAGCAAAAGGAGCGAAACCCAACGACCGGUGGAUAUGCUUCCGAUAGCAAAGUAAAACCGGGUAGUGGUCAGCUGAAAGGUCUUUUCGAUGGUUUAAGCCACUUCUUUUCAGCACCCAGCAAUAGUAGUAGGGUCAGAUCGGGUGCGCAGGCACCAAACUAUGCUCCUGACAGAAGGAAAAGGCCUAACGCCGAUGACUUUGGCACAAGCAGCAGCAAACCGCACAAAUCAGCGAAAAGCAAUACGGUGGUGCCGAAGAUGCACGAGGACGAGCGAGUCAGAUCCGAAAGGAAAAAGACUGAAGACAAAGAGGAGUCCGAGCCGUCUAGGGUACCAAGACCCGGAAUUUUCACGCCAUCCGACGAAAGUCUAUUCGAGAGCGAACCAAAAAUGACUCCGUCGAAUCUCGUGAAGACCGCGGUUAACAGCAAAAGGCACGAGCACGAGCGGAGAAAGAUGAUGAAAGAGCAGGCAGUGAAAUGCAGCGGGGACAACUUAUCACUCUCCGAUCCGACAAAGAACGACUUGCGAAAGAAGCAAGCGAUUACGGAGAGCACCCAGAGUAUCCAGACUCGCCACCCUGAGCCCGCCGCAAUCCCCCAUAAGUCUCAUCCCGGCCCCAUCAAUCCCAAUCCGAAAUCCAGCCCACGAGCCUGUACUAGCGCCACCACCACCAACACCACCACGACACCCCGCGCGACACCCUGCUCCACCAGGAAGGACGAUUCCACGCCGCCCCAAACAUUGCCUCCGGGGGUUACGCAGAAGGACGUGGACCUUUUUAAAGAAGCCAGAGAACGCGCUAAUCGUCUCACAGUGGUUAGCGAAGAUGAGGAUACCAGAGUUUCCGCUAGUCCUGGAGGAACUGGACCUGGAGUUGGCACGAGAAAUCCAGCGGUUAUAGUUUUUGGCCGCUAUGAAGUUGAAACGUGGUACUCCAGUCCUUUUCCCCAGGAGUACGCUAGAUUGCCGAAACUGUUCUUCUGUGAAUUCUGUUUGAAAUACACGAAGAGUCGAGCAGUUCUGGAUAGGCAUAUGGACAAAUGUCAAUGGCGCCAUCCUCCCGCUACAGAAAUAUACCGAUGUAACGGUCUUUCUGUUUUUGAGAUCGAUGGUAAUGUGAAUAAGAUUUAUUGUCAGAACUUGUGUCUAUUGGCAAAACUCUUUUUGGAUCAUAAAACCCUUUACUACGACGUGGAACCAUUCCUGUUUUAUGCAGUAACAAAGAACGACAAGUACGGUUGCCAUUUAAUUGGUUACUUCAGUAAAGAAAAACACUGUCCGGCUCAACGUUACAACGUUUCCUGCAUCAUGACUUUGCCACAGUAUCAGAGACAAGGAUUUGGAAGGUUUCUCAUAGAGUUCAGCUACCUUUUAUCAAAAGUGGAAGCUAUCCCAGGUACACCGGAAAAACCACUUUCCGAUCUCGGUCGGGUUUCUUACCAUUCCUUUUGGAAAAGCGUGGUGCUGGAAUAUCUGGACUCACAUCGAGCAGUAAAUGAGAUAAAAUUGGGCGAUAUUACAAAGGAAACAGGAGUCUCGGCGCACGACAUAGCAAUGGCUAUGCAGUUGCUAGGUUUUAUAAGGUCGGUUUACCUUCCUGGAGAAGAAAAGGUUAAAUUGGCUGUAGUUGUCGAUUGGGAUAAGGUUGAUGCCCAUAUGGCGAAGGUUCGAAAGAGUUCAAGAAUCAAAUUAGACCCUGACUGUCUGAGGUGGAUUCCGUUACUUACACAGAUUCCAAAUCCGUAUCAGAGUCCGGAAGAAGGCGGGGAAACAAGUUCGGAAGCUUCUCCUCUGGCGGAACCAAAGCCAAUUCCGACGAUCGUCGAAAAGAUCCAAAGAGUGAAGAUCAAAAAAAGGCCUAGGGGUCGAAGAAAUGCAGCGAGAAAGUCGUCACCGUUAAAACCGAAAACGCCACAACGGAUGGUUCGAAGGGAAUCUAAAGAACGGGUUAAAGAGCUAGAGAAGGACAGUGGAAAUGUAGCUGACGUUGAAGAUGAAAAAGAGGAUAUGGAGGUAGAAGGUAAAAACGUAUCGACGUGUAAGACAAGAGGAUUGACGACUCCAAAAAGUGCUGCACUGGCAAAUACGGCGAAGGCUACGCCAAUCGUUAGUUCCAGGAGAAGGAUAAGAACAGCAAAAGCAUCAGUUGUGGAAACACCGACACCAGCUCCUACGCCUGUUAGAAAACGUAAACAUUCCGAAAAGACUGAGUCCGAGGACAAAGAGAAGGUAGAAAAUAGCAGGAAACGUACCAGAGAGUCUUUACGGGAGAAGGAGAAGGAGAAGGAGAGAGGGAAGGAAAAGGAAAAAGAGAAAGAGAAGGUGAAAGAACGGGAAAAGGAGGUGGAGAAAGAAAAGGUGAAAGAAGCCGAGAAAGAGAGUCCAGCGGAACCUCCGAAAACGCCACCAAAGGACGCGUCAUCAGGUACAACAGCGAAGACGCCUGCUGUUCAGAAACCCACGAAGAAGAAGAGCAAACUGGACGAUAUCUUGAUGAAAGUCACGAGUAGACAAACAAAAUAUCUUCAAGCUAAACAGGCUAAAGAAAAGAAGGCUCUCGAAGAUGCACAGUGUAAUGGGAAGGACGAAGCUAAAGAAGUCAAAACUUCGUCGACGGUAUCGAGACGCGGUAGAACAAAGGCCAGUGCUGUGGAAUCUGCGAAGGUGACUGAGCUUAAAUCGGAAACUUCUGAGAAAGAAGGAAGGAAGGAGAAUACAGUCGUUUCGACCCCAUCUCUGUCUCCAUCGCUCGAAGAAGUGCAAGACAAACCGAGCAAACAAUUAACCAUUCCGGAAAUGUUUCCAAGGCAAAGUGACCGGAAAGAAAGUAAAACCAAGUCUGUAGAAGAUUCCACGAUAGCUACCCAGGCGGACAGUGAAAUUCCUACUGCAAGUCCAGGGGAAUACGAGGGUGGCGACGAGGACGAGGGCGAGGAAGAAGAACCUGCUCCGAGGCCCAAGUCAAUUCCACAGUCUCAUUGCAUUUCGCCGUGUAUAACGAAGGAAAAAAGUGAGAAGGAAAGUAGUCAGGACAGAGAAAUUUCUAAAAGCGUGGAAAAGUCAAGUCCAAAGAAAACUGAACUGCAAUUACCGGCAGAGGAACAGACUGAGCAAUUAAAGGAAUCUCCAAAGGAACCUAAGGAAACACAGGAAACUCCAAAAGAAGACGUUGCACCUGAAGUAGAGACACCAGCGGCAGUUCCGCCGGCUCCUUUGCUAGCGGAAAAAGUUCAUGAAAAGUCAGAAAACUUCCUAUCAGACGACCAGAGUCCCAGUGAAAGUAAAACGUGGGACAGGGCCAAGGAUACCAAAGAGACUUUGGUUCAUCCAAAAUCUGAGAGUCCUUCGUUGAAUAUACCUGUGAAGAAAGAUUUUCCCGUUGUCUCCGCAGCUGCCGAAACCCCACCAACGCCAUCUCAAGAAAAACUAUCCAUUCCCAUUAUCGAGCAGGAUACGGGCCAUCUUCAUGCCCAACCUGAGGAGAAACAACAUUCGCCUGAAAGUGGGAAAACGACUCCACAUUUAGAAAAUCCUGGUUCAGUUAAAAGAACUCCGCCGUCUCAGCCGGACCUACCAUCUAUGGGCGUCUACACACCGGAUUCUACGACAAAUUCCGUACAUUCAUUACACUACGGGCAAUGUGAUCUUGAUGUAAGUCAAUUGGGCCUAGAAUCUCCAACAUCAAUAGCCAGCGAUCUUGCGUCCCAGAACAGCGUAGAGAGGCCACCGAGCGCGUUACCAUCUAUGCCAUCAUCGGUUCCCGCUCCAAUUUCAACUUCAGUUCAGAUAACUGCACCGCCAGUCUCUGUUAAUAUUCCUAAUCAAGUGCAGUACGCUGACUGUAGCAUGCCACAACAUACUCCUCCAGCACAUGUGGCAAUACACCCAAUGCACCAACCACACACACCACAGCCUCUGCAGCAGCCUCGAACACCUCAGUCACAUACUCCACAGAGCAUACCAACUCAAAGUCCUCAGCCUAUGCCACAAAGUCAUACGCCUCAGCCUCUGUCGCAGUCGCACACUCCUCAGAGUAUACCAACGCAGAGUCCUCAGCCGAUGCCACAGAGUCAUACUCCACAGCCUUUACCGCAGAGUCACACUCCCCAGCCUAUACCGCAAAGCCAUACCCCUCAGCCAAUGCAAUUGUCAUUGGCGCAGCAAAGUCAGAAUCAGCAGCCGAUGGGUCACAGUCAACCGGCACAUCAGCAGACCCAAUCCCACAGCAGCAAGAGAGCAAGCGGGUCGCAGACAACUCACAGGUCGAGGUCCACGCAGCAGAGUAGCAGAUCUCAUCGUGCUACUCCUCCAACGUCUCAUACGCAGAGUUCUCAACACACUACGGCCCACCCAGGUCACAGUACCGUGGCUCACGGAACGCAUCUGCCACCCCAGUACCAACAGACAUCGUCAAUGACGGUGCCGCCGGUUCCUCACCAUUCACAUAGCCAUGCCGCUCACUCUCAUGCCAUGAUAUCCCAAGGGAAUUACAUGGCAGUAGCCUCGCAGGCCUUUCCCACGCAGAAUACUUACGUAAUUCAACACAGAGGGACAAGAUCAGGGGCACCAACACCCAGCACGACAGCGACAAAUUUUUACAUACAGACAAGCGCGAUGCCGCCACAUUCACACACGCCAGCUCCGAGUCUCGCCCCUUCUGGAAACCAUCAGGCUGCGAACUCUCAUAGCCUUGCCAAGCUCCAGCAGCUCACCAAUGGUCUUGAGAUGAUCCCGCCAACACCUCCACCUCCAAUGAACUUAACACCACCACCACCUAUACCCCACACAAUGACACCGCCGCAGACUUCGAGACAGUUGCCAACCCCGCCGCAGGUACCCCUGGGGUACACGAAAAACUACUACAAUGUAAAUACCGUUCCACCACCAGGAACACCUGGUCCAUCGAGCAGAUCCACUUCAAGAUCCUCGGCCAAUGCGAAUAUGGCUUCUUUGGCACAACCCUACGCGAGUGAAAGUCUUUACAGGCAAACUCUCGAUCCUGGUGGUGCCUGUCCUCAGAUGCAGAGUGCAGCGACCAGGGUCAGUCCAAAUGUUGCACUCAAUACAAACCUGAUGGCCGCGGCACAAUACGGAUACAGAGUUGCGCAACCAGCGACCGGUUAUAUGAACCAGGCAGCCCAGCUGGGUGGUUUCAUGAACCAGGCAAGUCAGUUACCCGUUGGAGUGGUCAAUGUACCAGCACCGUACUCCCAGGAUCCUCAUCAACAGAACCCUGUGUACACCACGUACCACGGUUACAUCAACGGAAGCCUUAUGCAGCCACUGAACGGUACCAUGAGACCACGUUAGCCUUAGAAACUAACCUAAAAUCUAUUGUUCAUCCAAUAGCUCUUCAUACUCAAACCCAACCCGAUCCCUCCUAUUUACCCUGACUUCGAUGCCGCGGUGAGGCUAAUCCAAGAUGUAAUUUUUUUAGCGAACAUUGACACGAGCCUCUUUUUAUCUCAAAAAAAAAAUUCGACUCCCGUUGAUGCGUUUUACACUUGCGUUCAGUUAAUUUCUAGAACUAAGAACUUUUACUUCCCCGCGGGUUUGCUUCCAGUAUUGCGUUGGAUCUUGAGAUAAUAAAUUUAUUCGUAAUCACAUCCAUUAAAGAUUCGCGAAUUGUACAAUAUCGCACAGAGGUAUAUUUUGAGGGCACCAUUCACUAAGUCGUUCAAAUCAUCUUCUUCGUCUAUGGUGAUCUGUGGAUGAAAUUUUGACUUCGAAUAAAUUUUUACUCGAACCCCCAUAGGAUUUAAAUACUUUUCUGAAAGCAUAGUCUUCGCCCUAGACACAAUUCUCUACAUUUUAAAAUAUACAGUUUAACUGUUCAAAUUUACUUAUUGUUGAAAUCUCAACGAAGGAACAUUCGACGGGUUAUCACGAAAUUUGUUCAAAGGUACAAUUCUUGUUAUCAUCGGAAUAACUCGAUAACGCAUAGGUUUGUACAUUUAUGCGUUUCAAACGAAAAACUAAGAUAUAUUACAUUGCUGGAAGUUUGAUGUAUAGACGCAAAAAGAAAAUCCCAAUAUGAUCUUGAAUUCCUUGACCUGCCCCCCUUAAUUCCCAAAUUUUUGUGUAAAUUGAAAUUCCUACUUUUCGCAGGGCAUUCCUCAUGUUCCCGGUUAAUUCUCCAAUCCCUCUUUUUCUCGCCCUGCUUUCCCCCCUCCCCCCUCCCCAAUUUUCCAAUACAGUGUUACGUUUUGUGUAUCAUAAUAUUUAUAUAAAUACUUACAAAUAAUAUUCUGUUUGAUAUUAUCGAUUGUUGAACGUUGUUGUUUACGUUUCGGGGCACGCUGUACUUUACUGUAUCAUAAAACUACUUAUCGCUAUUAUUAUAAUUAAUUAUUAUUAUUAUCGAUUAUUAUCAUUAUUAUUAUUAUUACUAUUACACUGCAGACACGCAUUAUUAUAUUUUACUCGUAUCACGUAAGAAACGUACACUGAUUCACACACUCAUUCAAUCACUAGCGCUUUCUCGUAUUGUAACGUUUUAUUACUUACAAUUAGUAUUUUACGAGACGGCAUGCUGAACGCGAGAGCACAGAAAGUACACGCGUGUACAAUAUACAUUUCUUGAUGAAAAGAGUUACGCGACUAUUGUACGGAAAUAUACAUAAUAUACAUACUAUAUAUAUAAAUACGAAGAAGAAAAGCGGGCUAUUCCACAUGCCUACAAAAAAGUAUUUUUUGUAUUAUCGCAAAAUACCUACGAAAAAGAAUCCGAGUAAAUUCUCUAUCGUUGCACAAUCUUUCACGAAUACAUACGGGUGGCCAAUUCCAGUGUGCCCUGGAAUGUUAGAGGGAAAAAUAAAAAGAUUCGACCCGGUUUUUGCCGAAUAGCCCGUCUCAAAGAAUUCAUGGUACAUACGCGUUUUCGAAAUAUUGGUUUGACAUUUAUUUCUUUCGCGGUCGGCACAAGCGAGAGUGACGGUUAUAACGGCUAAGUUCUUAGCAUAACUCUUUUUAAGUGAUAAGGAAGGUCUCUAAGAUAUAGUGUAAAAAUACAUCAAUAUUUAUUGUACAUAGUUAUAAAAAAAACUACUAACAAAUAAAACGAAAAUGAAGAAUA